AAGAAUUUGAGUUCAGUGGACGUUUCAGUGACAUGACGUAUCCUGAAUUAUUCACUUCCGGUCAAAUGUAAAUUGUGUAACCUAUGUAAUUGAAACGAAUAUCAGAAUUUUCGUUAUCGCGUUAGGAUCUUUUUCGCAAUCAGCUUGGAAAUACAAAAUGCAUAUUAAAUUUCUUCUUUUAACGAAUGCAGUUCUUACGGUCGCAAUUGACAUUCCAUGGGCCAGCAAUCACCGAUUUUAUAAAGGUGAUCAACUAUCAUCGAGUAGCAAACACAACUCGAAGUCAAUAAUAAAAAAAGAUAACGAAGAAUUACAAGCGCAGAAAAUCAAAGAAACUAAAAACGUAAUGAAUAGAUAUAUAAAAGUAGGAAAGGAAGAAAAUAUAGAUCCUUGGAAAUUAUCAGAAGAUACAGAUCGAAUACAAUUUCAAGUAGAAGGUCAUGAAGGACCAAAAACGUACCUUUUUGGAUUUGAUACUGGAAAUGGAAAGAAUAGACAAUACAGAUUAGAAGAAAGGCAUCGCGAUGGUACGAUAAAAGGACAAUAUGGUUAUUAUGAUGCGCAAGGAAAAUUAAGGAAGAUUCAGUACGUAGCUAAGCCUUUUGAAGGAUAUACUGAAAUACAUCACGAAAGUAAUGUAAGAAAGAUAAAAAAUUAAUUAAAAAUCAUACUUCUUUAUUUAAAUAUAUUAAAUUUCAAUAUUUCAAAAUUCGUACAUUACUACGCAUCAAAGUAAAUGAAAUAUUAAGUAAUCUAAAUUACCAUUCUAUUAAAAGUUAAUUGAAUAGAAACAAUGAAUGAUAUUAUAAAAGAUGAAAUUUGGAAAAAAUAGAAUGUCUUCCACAUAAAGUUUGUUGUUAAUAUGGUAGAUUCGAAAAAGUAAAUAGUGCAUACUUAAAAAAGAAAAAAAAAAAAGAAACAA